GUACACAUGUAUAAGUAGCUACGUGAUUGUGAGCGGAAAACCCGGCAAGGAAUGUGCGCUACUGAGUAAACUGUCCGGAAUAAACUGUUGAAGCUGGCGGAGUUUUGGUGUUGCUGCUUCCGAGGUUGCAGUUCUUGCUCCUCAAAACGUAUGGUAACAACCAAUCCAGGAAUGGCUGAUGAUAGAGAAAGAGGUACUGGUGGCAGAGGAUGCGAUGUUACACACAAGAAGAAAGAAGAGUUGCAGGACUUGAAUAAUGAAAUGGACACCUUUAUGAUGAAGGUGGAAGAAAAGUUUCGUUCUCUCCAAGAGGAACUGGAGGAAGUGGCAAAGAAGAAGGAAGAUUACUAUGAGGGGCGGCAGAGAAUGGAGGAGGAGUACAAACAGAGUCGUGAACGUGAGUUGCUACUGACGAGGCAGAGCAGAUAUGACUUUGAGGGUUGGUGGGAAUGUGCUAAAGAAACAUUAAAGGAGACGGAAGUUGGCAUUCAAAAGAGAAUGGAAGAGAUACCUGAGGUCAAAAGAGAAACCUGCAAAUCUUUCAUUCAAAACAGGACAUUGUUGGGGAAAAAGGUAAAUAAUGUUGCUAAUUAGCCAAACCUACUGAAGAUAGAUGUUUUGUGUAGGGAAGUGAAGGUUGGCUGGGAUCCAUUGAAGAAGAAGACUACUUUGUCUGCUCACAAUGCAUAAUAUUCCAGCAGGAGCGAGAUGACAUAACCAAAAAACUUGACGAAUCAAGGAGAGAGAAUGAAGUACUCAAACACAAGGUAGACUGUAAUAUUAAUAGAAAAUUUCACGUUAGGUAACAUUCUAGUUGAGACAUACUAAAAAUGUCUAUGAGGACGAGAAGAGGAAACUAAGCACUCGAAUCAGUGAAAUUGAGGAGUCUCAUAGAGAUUCAACAGUCAGUGGUGGUCCAGUUGUUCUCUCUGGAAUCAACCUGACGGCUGACAUUGAGAAGUAUCGUAAACUGAUUGACGAAACAAAGAGUUUUGUUGAGAAAUGAAAGCAGGA